AUGGCGACCGAAUUGACUGUCCAGAGCGAGCGCGCUUUCCAGAAGCAGCCUCACAUCUUCCAGAACUCCAAGACCAAGCUUCGCACGGCUCGCCCCGGCAAGAAUGGAAGGCGCUGGUACAAGUCUGUCGGUCUGGGCUUCAGGACCCCCAAGAACGCCAUUGAGGGCAACUACAUCGACAAGAAGUGCCCCUUCACUGGUCUCGUCUCCAUCCGUGGCCGUAUCCUGACCGGCACCGUCGUUUCCACCAAGAUGCACCGUACCAUCAUCAUCCGCCGCGAGUACCUUCACUUCAUCCCCAAGUACUCCCGUUACGAGAAGCGCCACAAGAACCUUGCCGCCCACUGCUCCCCGGCUUUCCGUGUCGAGGAGGGUGACCAGGUUACCGUUGGCCAGUGCAGGCCUCUGAGCAAGACGGUGCGAUUCAACGUUCUCCGUGUGCUUCCCCGGACUGGCAAGGGCGUCAAGAAGUUCAGCAAGUUCUAA